GGUUUUGAAGAGUCUCUCAUUUGCCGUUUGUUCUUCCAAUCGACGAAAUGGGUUUCGCCGCGAUAUAGAAUUCACAUCGGAAGAAGUACGGCCCUGGAUCUCGCACCUGUAAAGAUCCUGACUUUAUAUUAUGUUUAUGUAGCCGUGUUAUGUAUCCUGACUUUAUAUUCCUCACACGGGCUGAUUAGGAAGCAUGGUCUAAACUGCUGCAGACAGUGUUUCUGCAGCAAUGCCAAGGAGGUUGGAUUCAUCAAGGUAAAAUUCAAUUACAUAUUAUGCUGA